AUGUACUAUUUGAAUAACAUAUUCCCUGUUUUUAUAGCCGUUCUUCUGCUUUUUAUAGUUCAGACUAAUUGUAAGUCUGAUUGUUAUAAGUAUGGCCCUUCUGAGUUCACUACGAUUGUCGAGUGCUCAAAGGGCUGUCAGUAUUCUUAUAUCCAGAAAGGAAGUUCUCAGCGUAGAGUAAGAGGUGGAUGUUCUGAAAGAGAAUCUGAGUCAUGUCAAACCUCCGGAUCCACUGUUGUAUGUAAUUGUAAAGGGGAUCGCUGUAAUAUUAAGGGUUAUGAGAUGGAUUCCAGCGACUCUUCCGAAUCUUGA